GCCUGGUUCUGGCAUGACGUCUGCACGAGCGUUUCACAUGAAGAUCUGUGCAAAGGCAAGUCCAUCAUAGACAUGAAAAUAGAGGCCAGUCACGUUUGAGGUUUUCGAAACAUGUCCAAGAAAAGGGGCAGGAAGCGUAGCAGCGGCGAGCUCAGUGACAGUCUCACCCCGGAUCCCAACAACCUGCUCGGGCGACGAAUCCAACACAGCUGGAGGGAGAAGGGCACGCUGACCAAAUGGAAGGGGACUGUGCUGGACCGGCUCACCGCCAACUCGUCCUUAUUCAUGGUCAAAUAUGACGGCUUUGAUUGCGUCUAUGGCAUCGAGCUCUUUAAGGAUGAGAGGGUCUCAAAUCUACAAGUCCUCACAGAAAAAGUGGUGAACAACAAGAUCAAGGUUCCUCAUGACGCAGAGGAGCUGGUGGGGAAAGCCGUAGAACAUCUGUUUGAGAAGGAAGAUGGUGAGAAGAACGAGUGGCGAGGGAUGGUGCUGUCUCGCGCACCCAUCAUGACCAACUGGUACUACAUCACCUAUGAGAAAGACCCUGUACUCUACAUGUACCAGCUCUGGGACGACUACAAAGAUGGAGAUCUGCGGAUUUUACCUGAAGCAGAAAAUAAACACCUGCUGCCGGCAGACAGGAAGCCCGGAGAGGAAACAGAGAGUCUUGUGGGUAAGCAGGUGGAGUACGUGACGGAUAAAGGCGUGAAGAGAACAGGCCUCGUCAUCUAUCAAGUUCCCGCCAAGCCGUCUGUGUACUACAUCAAAUACGACGACGAUUUCCACAUCCACGUUUACGACCUGGUCAAGACCACCUAAAUCAAACACAGACAAACCAAGAAAACAAAAACAAACCCACUGUCUCACCUCGUCCUAGCUUAAGCAUCAUCGCAUUGUACCUUCUCAUUGUACAGUUUGCCAAGCCUCGCUGUGAAGGGUUGGCUGCGGAGGUAUGAAGCGUUCAUGUGAAGGGUUUGUUAUUUUGUGAAAGGAGGGAGGUGAUUUUUUUUAAACUCGUAUCCAAACAGUGUAUUUAUACAUGUGCAUUGGGUGUCAUUCGGUUCCCAUGUUCAUUAGCCCGUGAAACAGGACAUCUGUGCGAUUGUAUAGCUUUGAUUCAGCCCCGGAAAAGGUCAGUCUCAUCCGAGUUUUGAGAUUUGUUUAUGAAUGUUCAGCCUCGUAAGGCUGGAGAAGCUUUCCUUUGUUUGAAUUGUAAAUAGCUUUGACCACAAGUCAAAAAGAUGCAUUCGUCAUGUCAGAGAGACAUUUGAUUUCGAAAGAAACGGGAAGAUGUUUUUUAACUGACACAGCAGAAACGUAUUUAUUGAAUCAAUAAGCUUCGAAAACAUGUUUGUACCCAGACAACCUUUAAAACCUUUGAGUCGGGCAUCAUUUAAUGCAUACUGUGACUCACGGAAAAUCGGAUCAGAUCUGCAAUUUGACAAAUGUUUGCGCUUUCCGCAACCUUUAGAAGGUGUUUUGGGGUUUUUUCUGGAAGGGUGAUAAGACUCGAUUUUCUUGUGAAUAACUGCAGCAGGCAGGAGGUUAAAUUGGACCUUUAACACGUUUUUGGAAGUGGUUUCCUAGGCUACCUGAGCUCAAACUAGACCGUAGAGGCAUUUUAAUAACGAUUUACCUCUAGCAGACCAUUAAAACAAGAAUAACUGGGCGACAUCAUGCCCUAUCUGUAGCAUUGCUAACAUGCACAGUGAAGAGGGUUGCUUGUUUUUCCAAUGUGAAAUCAUCCGUGCUUUAUUGCUUGAGCACUUAUUUCUGAACACCAAACUACAUUUUUGAUUUUCAACAUCAUGCAUGGCGAAAACUCAACAAACUGUUCAUUGUUCAAGGUGUGUUUUAUUUUCUGCGUUGGAUUUUUUGGGUUUCACUGUUGUUAAAUGAUCAAUGCCAAUAGAUCCAGUACAAGAUUAAAGGAAAAUAUUGAUUUAAUGAAAUCUCUUUUUAAAUAAUAAUAAUAAUAAUAAUAAAAGAUUUGAAUCCGUGCUAGGUUGACCCCUGUGAUAAAGUCUGAUUUGUGACUUGCAAAGAUUAAUAGGCCUCAAUUAGGUCCAAUUUGAAUCCAAUCUAACAGGCUGGAAACUGUUAAAUUUCUAAAAACUUAAUCCAAACAAUUUGUCCGAUUGCCUUUCUGUGAAUUAAAGGCACAUCAGAAGCAGGGACAGAUUAUGACUUGCAAAGGCCCUGGGGACAAUUAUCUCUAAGGGCCCCCCACCACCCAAAAAGUUGUUGAGGGGGGGUGGUUUGGUGUGUUGGGGGGGGUCGGUAAUCAAUCCCUGAUCAUAAGUGAUGACAUGCCUGUGUUUAUCAGAUUUGAUGUGUGUGAUUUUAAAGCUCUUGAGAUGGAGGCACCUUAUGUUAUCUCAGCUGAUCUAAGUAACGGAGAGUGAUUUUCUUAUUUCUUGACAAUUGUCUACAGACAAGUGCAAACGUGUCCUUUUAACAGACGAGUUUCGACAUCUUGGACUAUCUCUUUAAACACGAUAAAAACUAAUAUUUAAAUGUUUUUGGUGACUCCUGUUUUCUAGCUUCUUUGCCUCACAUUGUUUCUGUAAAUAAUGCACACAAGCGUGUCAUAAUAGGCCACCUGUUCAUGUAGCUGAUUUGGGCUUUUUUGCUUUAUAUUUUGUUUUGAAUUUGACCGUUUCGCCACACUAUAAAAGGCCAAGGUAUACUUUGUUUUUGCACGUUCCUGAUUGAAUCGCGCCCGGCUGAUGGCGUUGCCUUUGAGUAUACAUUUCUGACCACGGGUGAAUGCGUUCGAUGCAUGCACAUUACUACUGCUUUGCGAUAGUCUUUUAGUACAGUCAAUGGCCGGUGCAUGCGGCAACGAUGCGUCCAUGGGUCAAGGAAAUUUGAGCGGCGCAUGGUCGCGAGACACGGCCGUGCUGAUGCCAAAAUUUGUCACGUAUUCUUUGCGUUGAGCGAUCGGCAACGCGGACGCACAGAGUAUACUUUGGCCUUAAGGCUACGAGCACACUAAUACGGUUUUGUUAGAAAACACAUUAACUUCACUAUGAUUAUGCCUCAUAUCCACACUGUAACGGUGAUUAUUUUAACGAAAACUGAGUGUUUCGAAAACACUCAAUUGCCCCAUACUUUGGAAAAUUUUGUCGAUAAGAAAUUGAAACUCGGAUUAGAGUGCAUGUGGCCUAAUUCUGCAUUAUGUUUUGCGACAUUCAUAAUGUCAAAUCAAAGACUAGGUUUCCAAGAAACGUUUUUUUUUUGCUAGUUAUGUUUCAAUAAUAAAUAUGAAGUAAUAAUUAUGACAUGAUCUGUUUUAAGUUGAUCAUAUAAAAGGUACUACUACUUACAACAGACCUACUCAUAAAGGGAUGUGGGUAGCACUUUAAUUUACAGUACUGUUCUACAUUUACGUACUAUAUAAUUAUAACAACUCUAGUAAUUACUAGAUACUAAACCUAACCUUAACCCAUUUUAAGUACUUGUAGUUACCUAGUAUUACUUUGCACUUUGGGUAAGUACACUUAAGUAUACUGAAAGUACACAUACUGUAAAAUAAAGUGCAACCGUAAUGUGUUUAUGUAAAUGUAAGUCAAACACAAUAGGAUUUCAUUGGUAAAUUGAUCACUUGUGCUUUUUGUUGGUUUUGUUUGUAUGUGUUAUGUCUCAGACAGACAGAAAGGUUUUGUAUCACUUCAUUACAUUAGUAAUUCACAAAGAACUCAUAAGUGGUUUAUUGUAUAGUUUUGGUGUAGGUAGAUAUUCAAAAUGACCUUUUAAAGAACACACAGCACAUUUAAAGGGAAAUAGACAAUUAUUUGAUCAUUUAUUCACCCUCAUGUCAUUCCAAACCUGUAUGAAUUUCUUUCAUUGAAAACAAAAGUAGCUGUUUAGCAUAAGUUUGAUGCUGCACUUUUGUUUUGUGUUGCCCAAUUUGAGUUCUGGGAAUAACAAUUCGGUCAAAUGCUCAUUCUUCUAAAUUAUUUGUUUACCUUUCAGCUGUGAAAAUGGAGUUUCUGGUCAUUAUGUUGGGUUUGGAUGUUCUCUGUAUAUUCUCCAUCGUGUUUUAAAAACACUUUUCAAGCUGUUGAAACGGUUUCACGAUUCUCAACAGGCUUCUGCCGUUUUCUUUCUCCUAUUUGUGAACGAGUAUUUCUAUCUCUGGCUUCUUUGUAAAUGUGUUUUAUCGUGCGAUCUGCAAGCUUCUGCUGAUUCAUCCGAUUCUCUUAUUUAAUCUGUUCUUUUGAUACUUUUUACCAAAGUUACGUUUCAUUAGGUUAUAUUGAGGAGUGUCACUUUGUUCAUCUUGUCUGUUUGUGUAAUGAAGUUAUCAUAAAUAAAAGAGAUA